AUGCCUUACAACAUUGCAAUGGUCAGCGACUUCUUCUUCCCCCAGCCAGGUGGAGUGGAAAGCCAUAUAUAUCAGCUGUCUACCAAGUUGAUCGAUCGUGGACACAAGGUGGUGGUCAUCACACAUGCGUACGAGGGACGCACAGGUAUCCACUACCUGACAAAUGGAUUGAAAGUCUACCACGUUCCGUUUCUGAUCAUUUACCGGGAGACCACCAUGCCUACGGUCUUUUCGUUCUUUCCCAUCUUCCGCAAUAUCAUUAUCAGGGAGGAGAUCCAGAUUGUCCACGGUCAUGGAAGCUUGAGCAGCUUUUGCCACGAGGCUAUUCUGCAUGCUCGAACAAUGGGUCUACGCACCGUCUUUACUGAUCACUCACUGUUCGGGUUUGCAGACGCUGCGUCCAUAUUGACGAACAAGCUACUCAAGUUCGCUCUGAGUGAUGUCGACCACGUGAUCUGUGUGAGCCAUACAUGCAAAGAAAAUACUGUUCUUCGAGCGUCUCUUGACCCGUUGAUGGUUUCGGUGAUACCGAAUGCUGUGGUCGCUGAGAACUUUCAACCGAAGUCAUACGUCCCCAAGUCCAACACCGACACCGGGUAUAUGAGGCCCAAGCCGCUUCCGCAGCGCCUUGGUCCUGGAGACACAAUUGUGAUCGUGGUCAUUUCCCGACUCUUCUACAACAAGGGAACUGACCUUCUGAUUGCAGCCAUCCCACGAAUCCUCGCAGCACAUCCCAAUGUCCGCUUCAUUAUCGCCGGCUCAGGGCCGAAAGCCAUCGAUCUGGAGCAGAUGCUCGAACGGCGCAUGCUUCAGGAUAAAGUCGAGCUGCUUGGACCCGUCCGCCAUGAGGAAGUCCGCGACGUCAUGGUCAAGGGGCAUAUCUACUUACAUCCGAGCUUGACCGAAGCUUUUGGGACUGUCAUCGUCGAAGCCGCGAGUUGUGGAUUGUACGUGGUCUGCACUAGAGUUGGAGGUAUCCCUGAGGUGCUUCCCGCGCACAUGACAACCUUUGCCAAACCUGAAGAGGACGACUUGGUCCUGGCGACUGGUAAAGCUAUUGCUGCUUUGCGAUCGGGCAAGGUGAAAACGGAACGAUUCCACGAUCAGGUCAAGAUGAUGUAUUCUUGGACCGACGUCGCGCAAAGGACGGAACGGGUGUAUGACGGGAUCACCGGUGCAAUUACUGAACAAGAGUUUUACGGCCAACAUGCAAAUGGCCCCUGGAGCGCCUCCCGUGUCCGAGGAUAUGCACUGAUUGACCGGUUGAAACGAUAUUACGGAUGCGGCAUAUGGGCUGGGAAGCUAUUCUGUCUCUGCGUCAUCAUCGACUAUCUCAUAUUCCUGUUCUUGGAGAUCUGGGCCCCUCGAUCGCGUAUCGACAUUGCACGAUCUUGGCCACGAAAGCCAUUCAUCAACGAUAAGAACAAGCCGGUGGAGAACGGCACAUAUCGUCGACGAGGCACAGAUGUUAUGGAUCAACGGAAUGGAAGUCUUGUCAUGCGAUGA